AUGUGGGUGACAAAACAAAGUGGAUUUCGCCACAUUUUAACAGAUCAAUUUGUAUCAUUCAGAGCUGCAAAUUCUGCAUCUCGUGGCCCCAGGCCUACAAAUUGCCAGGAAAAUAACUAUUUAAUACAAACUUCAGAAGAUCUUUCAACAAAAUUUUCAUUUCUUAAUAAAAAAAUCGAAGAAUUAGAACAACUAUUUAUUAAGAGAUCGAAACCAACAUUUGAUACUAAUUCAAUUGAAUUAAUCGAUCACGAUAUUCGAUUAUUAACUAGCGAUAUCUCUUCCAGAAUAUCAGUAUUAAGAAAUGGUAUCAAAAAACCGAUCAAAACAACAGAUAAUGAUGAAGCAGCUAUUCUUUUGAACUUACAACAAAGCCAAUGCGCGAGAUUAGCACAAGUUGUAUCAAAAUUCAGAAAUCUACAAGCAAAUCGCAAAGGAGAAGCUCAUAUUGAAAACGAUGUUGAUGAUCCAAUCUCUGCAAUGUAUGCUGAUUUUGAACCUCAAUUAACUCCUGACCAAAUGACUUUACUACAUAGAAAUGAGGAAGAAUUGAGAAACCAAAACGAUGAGCUUGCUAGAAUGGUCACAAUGAUGAACGAUCUCAAUGAAAUGUUUAAAGAUCUUUCUCUCUUGAUUUUUGAGCAAGGAACGCUACUCGAUAGAAUUGACACAAAGAUAGAGGUUGCUAUUCAACAGGUUGAGAAGGGAAAUCAGCAACUUACAGACGCCAAUAAUUAUCAAAAAUCGAAAUGCAUUUACAUCUAUAUAGCUACUGUUUGUGCAUUGAUUAUCAUCUGCUUGUUUGUAAUUAUUUUAAAGAAAUAA